GAUACAACGCUAAUGAUUGCCUUCUGCAUAUCUCUUAUUAUUUUAAUCUUGGGUUUCAAGACGGCUUGGAAGACACAUAACCUUCCCCCUGGACCCACACCUCUUCCCGUGUUAGGGAACAUUUUGCAGAUACGAAGAGGAGAUAUUGUUCAAUCGCUAAUGGAGCUAAGUAGAAAAUACGGGGAGGUCUACACAAUAUAUUUGGGCUCCCGACCAGUGGUGGUGGUCACUGGGUACAAGACUGUUAAAGAGGUACUGGUAGACAGAGGGGAUGAGUUCCUGUCGCGAGGGGAAAUGUGCACUUUGAACACAUACUACAGAGAUUACGGAGUGGCAUUUGCCUGUGAUGUGAACAGGUGGAGAGAGCUUCGACGUUUUUCUGUCACAGCUUUGAGGGAUUUUGGCAUGGGGAAGAAGUCCAUAGAGUAUCGUAUACAGGAAGAGUCAAUGUUCUUGGUGGCCGAACUAAAAAAGACCACAGAAUCAGUGAUUUACCCCCACCAGCUCCUCAGCCUGGCAACAGGCAACGUUGUCUCCUCUAUCAUGUUCGGCCAACGAUAUGACUAUGAAGAUGAAGAGUUUAAUACUAUUUUAGCUUCCAUAUAUGAAUGUUUUAAGAUCAUGAGCUCUGCAUGGGGUCAGCUCUAUGAAAUGUUCCCCAGGAUCAUGAGAUAUCUUCCAGGAGAUCAUCAGAGGAUUUUUCGACUCACUGAGAACCUCCUAAAUAUUGUAGAGAAGAAAGCUUUGAUGAACCAGAAGACUCUGGAUCCAAAUAACUCCAGAGACUAUAUUGAUGCUUUUCUAAUAAAAAUGGAUAAGGAGAAAAACAAUACGAAAACUGAAUUCCACAUGACCAACUUAAUUUGCAGCACCCUACAGAUCUUCUUUGCUGGGGUGGAAACCAUCGCUAACACGUUGACGUAUUCUUUCUUAAUUGUGAUGAAAUAUCCAGAUAUACUAGAUAAAAUCCAUAAAGAGAUUGACACAGUAAUUGGUCGAAACCGCGAGCCAAACGUACAGGACAGAAACCAGAUGCCGUACACUGAGGCUGUGCUCCAUGAAAUCCAGAGAUACAUUGAUAUAAUUCCAAUGGGAGUUCCACGGAAAACAACACAAGAUGUCCACUUUAAAGGAUACGUCCUACCAAAGGGUACAACUGUGUUUCCAAUGCUAGGUUCAGUGCUGAAAGACCCAACCUGUUUUCAAUGGCCCAUGGAAUUCAAUCCACAAAAUUUCUUAGAUGAGAAUGGGAAAUUUAAGAAGAACGAUGCUUUCAUGCCUCUAUCAGCAGGAAAACGGAACUGCCUUGGAGAAAGUCUGGCACGCAUGCAGUUAUUCCUCAUCUUUGUCAAUAUCCUGCAGAACUUCAAUCUGAAGUCUCCUGUACCAUUGGAAGAACUGGACCUCACACCAAAUAUCUCUGGACUUGGGAAUUUUCCAAAACCUUACACAAUUUCUUUUAUCCCGCGCUAACUGUGGUCAAAGACUCUCAUCUUCUCCAUCCAAGUAGUUUCUCAAGAUUUAAAAUCUGUAGAAAUGCACAGACUUAUCUUAUUUACAUUGACAAAGUUAUCCAUACCUAAUAAAUUGCUUUUUCCCCAAACA